CUUGUGUCUCUCUCUCCCCUUCUCCUCAUUGUCCCUUUUCCUUAGAUUCCUCCCCCAACGCUCCUCCUCGCUAAGAAUAACCCUGAUUCCACCCAGUUAGAGCUAUCGCUCCUGGGAAAGUUGCCCAUCAUGGUUCGCGAGGAGCUUAUCUCCUCUGCUGUCACCUUCCUCCAAGAUCCGUCUGUCGCCGCCUCGCCAAUUGAGAAGCGAGUCGCAUUCCUCCAGUCAAAGAACCUGACUAAAGAAGAGAUCGAUGUUGCGCUUGCCCGAGCAGGUGAAGAUCCGUCCACAGCAGCUGCCGCUGUAACCGCAUCAUCUGGUUACCAAUCAGCCCCUCAACAAGCUGUCUACCGACCUCCUCCUCCACCUGCUGCAGGCUAUGGAUAUCCUCCCUAUGGUCAAUGGCAGGCUCCGCCAGAGCCUCCGAAGCGGGACUGGCGUGACUGGUUCAUUAUGGCUACGGUGAUGGGAGGAGUAGGUUACGGACUCUACACGAUCACCAAGCGCUACAUUUCGCCCUUAAUCGCACCUCCCACUCCACCCCAGCUAGAACAAGACAAAGAACACAUUGAUGAGCAAUUCAAUCGCGCAUUUGCCCUGAUCGAACAGCUGUCCACAGAUACAGCCGCACUGAAGUCGGCGGAGGAGACGCGCACAGAACGGCUAGAUACCGCCCUUCGCGAGGUAGAGAACCUCGUUUCUGACAUGAAGAACGCCUCGCGACGGAGGGACGACGAGACCCGUCGUAUCAGCGACGAAGUCAAGUCGCUGAAGGAUGCCAUCCCCAAGGCGCUGGAAGGUGCUCGGGAAGGCAACGAGACACGGUUGAAGGAGCUUGGAGCUGAAUUGAAGAGCCUGAAGGUCUUGCUGGGCAAUAGACUUGGUGGCAGCGGCAACAACGCCACCUCUCCUGCCCCUGGACGGUUCAGCGGUAUGAACAUCCCAACUGCUUCUCGGCCUGCGGAGGAAACAACUCCCGCCGCGGCGGCCCCGGUCAAUGGUACGCCCGCCGCGCCAGCAUCAACUGAGCAGCCCUCCCAAUCGGCACAGCCAACCCCGAGCCCCAGCACCCCCUCGAUGAGCAACAGCCCUCUAUCGCAGCUGGGCCGCUCUGCUUCCAUCCCAGCCUGGCAGAUGGCUGCUGCCAACCGCUCCAAGACCGCUUCUCCCUCGACCCCUUCCACCAGCACCCCGGACAACACAACUGGCGCGGCUCCUGAGUCGAGCGCCCCGGCCAGCUGAACGCAUACCAGAUAUACUUCUCCCAGUGAUGUGCACUGUCCCAAGCCAUGUAAUUAGAUGGAGGUUAUCGAACGAACUUUACGCAUGAGAUGUCUAGGCGUUUCUGAAUGGUGCGGAGGAUGUACAAUAUGUAGCACGUGAAAGUACCAUGUCGCAAUAAAGACCACCAAUAG